AAGUUUGGACCAAGAAGUUAGUGUGGAGUGGACACAUGCAAUGUAGAUCACAUCCCAAUUGUUUUGGAAGUUAUGUUUGGUUUUAUACCACUGGUGAAAUGUCGAGUUGAUCAUACUUUGUUUAGCUUGGAGGUGUGACUUUGGGACGAUUCCUGCUGUAACCUUAAAAAAAACACUUUCUGCCAAACUUGUAAUGAUGACUUUCGCAAUGCACCGGCCCAUGGCAACGCACUUGAUGUACCCCAGCCUCGGGAUGAUGUCCGAGGACGAGGAAACCCGUAGCGAGAGCGACGGCAGCUCCACCGAUCAGUGUUAUGGAAUAUGCACCCAGACGCAGAAGACACGGCGGAUCUCCCUGCAGACGGACGGCAACAACGUGGUGAUCGUCAAGCAGAGGAACGCGGCCAACGCCAGGGAGCGAGACCGGACCCAGAGCGUCAACACCGCCUUUACAGCGCUGAGGACUCUGAUACCCACCGAGCCGGUGGACAGAAAGCUGUCAAAGAUUGAGACUCUUCGCCUGGCCUCCAGCUACAUCGCCCACUUGGCCAACGUGCUACUGGUUGAAGAGGGCCAGAGUGACGGCCAGCCCUGCCUCGGCCCUGCGGUCUACACGCAGGGGGAGAGCGGGGCCAAGCAGCCUCGGAGGCCCACCAUAUGUACCUUCUGUCUGAGCAACCAGAGGAAAGGGAUUAAGGAUGGCAAAGACUGUAUAAAGAGUCGAGGGCUGGGAUCCCAUCGAAUGAGACGUUGAGUCAGAAGAAAGAACGCCUGAUUCCCCUGAUUCACCUUCUCCUCAAAGACAUUCUCAGGAAAAACAAAGUAAUUUGGUUAAACGACAACAACAUACAAAGACCCAGAGGACCACACAUGCUGGAUACAACGGAAGAUAAACCAUCUAUUUAUGACCAAAGCGUAUGUAUGCUAAGGCCUUUUAAAAAUGCAGUGCAUUAAGAGUUUAUGAUUUUUGUAGUGUGAAUACUGAAGCCUUAAAAUGAAAUAUAUUUUUAUUAAAUGAAAUAUU